AUGGAGGAUGGGAAUAGGGUUCCGGCUGGGGAUGACCCCUCUUACUGGCUGGAUGCGUGUGAGGAUAUUUCGUGUGAUUUCAUUGAUUUUGAUGUCUCAUCCAUAGUCUCAGAGCAGCCUGACAACCCUUCCAAUCAGGACUUCUUCGGUGGCAUUGAUAAGAUUUUGGACAGCAUAAAAAAUGGUGCCGGUCUCCCUCUGAAUCAUGGUGAAUCUGCUUCCAACUCUAAUGGCACAGCAGCAGGAGCAGGAGAAGUUUGGUUUUCCUCCAAUGCCACUUUGGCGGAUGGGGGGAAUCAUCAUGCUCAUGCUCCUGUUCCUGCUCCCACUGAUGCUGCUUUUGACCAUUCUGCUGCUAUUCGGAGUAAUGGGUCGAGUAAAGCGUCUAAUGGGAAUGAAGGGGGGAUUUUGAUUAGUUAUUCUCAGGAAAGAGGGGUUCUGAAUGGAGGCCAUGAUGUUGAUAGCGAAGAAAGGUGCAGCAAAAGGCCACGGCUUGGUGGCUACAAGAAUGAGAGGUCUCAUUAUGGUAGAGGGAAUUACCAAGGCAAGGAGAGGGAGAGGGGUUUUAAUAAUAACAGGAAGAGGCCGCGGGAUAGGGACGAGGUUGAUAGGAGGGAUAGGGAUGUUGGUGGAAGGAAAAGAGAACAUCAUGGUGCUGUUGGCAGGAGGGAUGUUAGAGAUAGGGAUUGGAGGGAUAGAGAAUCUAGGGGUUACUGGGAGAGGGAUAAGUCAGGUAACAAUGAUAUGGUCUUUCGCCUGGGUGCUUGGGAACCCGACCGUAAUCGAGAAGACAAAAUGGCAAGUGACGUGAAACAAGAGAACAAUGGGAAGCUUGAUAAGAAAUCUGAGGAGGCUAAGGAGAGGGUUCCUGAGGAAAAAGCUAGACAAUAUCAGUUGGAUGUUCUCGACCAAGCAAAGAGGAAAAAUACUAUAGCUUUCCUUGAAACAGGAGCAGGGAAAACCUUGAUUGCUGUUCUUCUCAUUAAAAGUAUACAGGAGAGUUUGCAGAAGCAAAAUAAGAAAAUGCUUGCAGUAUUUUUAGUUCCAAAAGUUCCACUUGUUUACCAGCAAGCUGAAGUGAUUCGUGAGCGUACUGGUUAUCAAGUAGGCCACUAUUGUGGAGAAAUGGGACAGGAUUUCUGGGAUGCUCGAAGGUGGCAGCGUGAAUUUGAUACCAAACAUUAUUUUCUGACUUCAGAUUCUGUUUUCUUCUCCAUCUUUGUCCACAUUCUCCUCACAUUAAGAGUUGGCUACUGGUUUAGAAAAUUGUACACAUCUGUUCAGGUUUUAGUCAUGACUGCUCAAAUUCUUUUGAACAUUUUGAGGCAUAGCAUAAUAAAAAUGGAAGCAAUCAAUCUCUUGAUUCUGGAUGAGUGCCACCAUGCCGUGAAGAAACACCCAUAUUCACUGGUGAUGUCUGAGUUCUACCAUACAACACCCAAAGAGAAGAGGCCAUCUGUGUUUGGAAUGACUGCUUCUCCUGUCAACUUGAAGGGUGUCUCCAGCCAAGUAGAUUGUGCAAUAAAAAUUCGCAAUCUUGAAAGUAAGCUAGAUUCUAUAGUUUGCACCAUUAAAGAUCGAAAGGAGCUGGAGAAACAUGUGCCAAUGCCCUCUGAAGUUGUGGUGGAGUAUGAUAAAGCUGCCAGCUUAUGUUAUCUACAUGAGCAGAUAAAUCAGAUGGAGGUUGAAGUUGAAGAAGCUGCAAAAUCUAGUUCAAGAAGAAGCAAAUGGCAGUUUAUGGGAGCUAGAGAUGCUGGAGCUAAGGAAGAGCUGCGCCAAGUAUAUGGUGUUUCUGAAAGAACAGAAAGUGAUGGAGCUGCAAACCUAAUUCAGAAGUUGAGAGCUGUUAAUUAUGCACUUGGUGAACUGGGACAAUGGUGUGCGUACAAGGUUGCACAAUCCUUUUUAGCAGCUUUGCAAAAUGAUGAAAGGGCCAACUACCAACUUGAUGUCAAGUUUCAGGAAUCUUAUCUGAGUAAAGUUGUUUCUCUUCUGAAAUGCCAACUGUCAGAGGGUGCAGUUUCUAACAAAAAUGCUGGUAUUGAUGAUUCGGAGAAUGGUGCAGCUCAAUGUGUUUCUGAGCGUGAUGAGAUGGAAGAAGGGGAGCUUCCAGACAGUCAUGUUGUCUCUGGCGGAGAGCAUGUGGAUGUCAUUAUAGGAGCUGCCGUGGCUGAUGGCAAGGUGACCCCCAAAGUGCAGGCACUAAUCAAAAUACUUCUCAAGUAUCAGCAUACAGAAGACUUCCGUGCAAUCAUAUUUGUUGAGCGUGUUGUGUCUGCAUUAGUUCUGCCCAAGGUCUUUGCAGAGCUUCCAUCUCUUAGUUUUGUUAAGUGUGCAAGCUUGAUUGGCCACAAUAAUAGUCAGGAAAUGCGGACCUACCAAAUGCAAGAUACAAUUUCCAAAUUCCGUGAUGGACGGGUCACGUUGUUAGUUGCCACUAGUGUUGCUGAAGAAGGACUUGAUAUCCGGCAAUGCAAUGUUGUUAUUCGCUUUGACCUUGCAAAGACUGUUUUGGCAUACAUUCAAUCUAGGGGACGUGCUAGAAAACCUGGAUCUGAUUACAUCCUGAUGGUUGAGAGGGGCAAUUUGUCACAUGAAGCAUUCCUAAGGAACGCUAGGAACAGUGAAGAGACUUUGCGCAAAGAAGCAAUAGAGAGAACCGACCUUAGUCAUCUGAAGGACACUUCCAGAUUGAUUUCUGUUGACACCAGGCCUGGAACAGUUUACCAGGUGAAGUCAACUGGUGCAGUUGUGAGUCUUAAUUCUGCUGUAGGUCUUAUCCACUUCUACUGCUCUCAGCUACCUAGUGACAGAUAUUCAAUUCUUCGUCCUGAGUUUAUUAUGGAGAAGCAUGAAAAACCAGGAGGUCCCACAGAAUAUUCUUGCAAGCUUCAACUGCCGUGUAAUGCACCAUUUGAAAAUCUUGAGGGUCCGAUAUGCAGUUCUAUGCGUCUGGCACAACAGGCUGUUUGUCUGGCUGCUUGCAAGAAACUGCAUGAGAUGGGGGCAUUCACUGACAUGCUAUUGCCUGAUAAAGGAAGUGGGGGAGAAAGAGAAAAGGAUGAACAAACUGAUGAAGGAGAUCCACUUCCAGGGACUGCUAGACAUAGGGAGUUCUAUCCUGAAGGUGUGGCUGACAUACUAAAGGGAGAAUGGAUCUUAUCUGGAAAAGAUGCUUGCAAAGACUCCAAAUUGCUUCAUCUUUACAUUUAUGCUGUGAAGUGCGAAAAUAUAGGUCACUCAAAGGAUCCGUUCUUGACUCAAGUUUCAAAUUUUGCGGUACUUUUUGGCAAUGAGCUGGAUGCAGAGGUGUUAUCGAUGUCAAUGGAUCUAUUUAUCGCUCGAACUGUGACUACAAAGGCAUCUCUUGUCUUUAUGGGGUCGAUAAAUAUCACUGAGAGUCAGCUGGCAUCCCUGAAAAGCUUUCAUGUAAGAUUGAUGAGCAUUGUCUUGGAUGUGGAUGUUGAACCAUCUACCACUCCUUGGGAUCCUGCAAAGGCAUAUUUGUUUGUCCCAAUGUUUGGCGAUAAGUCUGUAGAUCCUAUGAACCAAAUUGACUGGCAUCUGGUUGAGACAAUAAUUGGAGCCGAUGCAUGGAAAAAUCCCCUCCAGAAAGCUCGACCAGAUGUUUACCUUGGUACUAAUGAGAGAACGUUAGGUGGAGACAGAAGGGAAUAUGGAUUUGGGAAAUUGCGUCAUGGCAUGGCUUUUGGGCAAAAAUCACAUCCUACAUAUGGAAUCAGAGGAGCUGUGGCCCAGUUUGAUGUGGUCAAAGCUUCAGGAUUGGUUCCUCAUAGAGAUUCCAUGCAAACACAAAAGCAAAUCAGUAUGACUACCGAUGGAAAAUUGAUGAUGGCAGAUACCUGUACUAAUGCAGAGGAUCUGGUAGGGAAAAUUGUAACUGCUGCUCAUUCAGGGAAGAGGUUUUAUGUUGAUUCAAUACGCAGUGACAUGUCAGCAGAGAACUCUUUCCCUAGGAAAGAAGGUUAUCUUGGUCCUCUGGAGUACAGUUCAUAUGCUGAUUACUACAAGCAAAAGUAUGGAGUUUAUUUGAUUUACAAGCAGCAACCUUUAAUAAGAGGGCGUGGUGUAUCAUACUGCAAGAAUCUUCUUUCCCCUCGAUUUGAGCACAGUGAAGCACAUGAAGGUGACUCUGAAGAGGCACAUGACAAAACUUAUUAUGUUUUCCUUCCUCCUGAGCUCUGCCUUGUACAUCCACUGCCUGGAUCACUUGUCCGUGGUGCCCAGAGGUUGCCUUCAAUAAUGAGGAGGGUUGAAAGUAUGCUACUUGCAGUUCAGAUUAAGAAUAUGAUAAAUUAUCCUGUCCAUGCUUCAAAGAUCUUGGAAGCCUUGACCGCUGCCUCUUGCCAGGAGACAUUCUGCUAUGAAAGAGCAGAGCUUCUUGGAGAUGCUUACCUGAAAUGGGUUGUGAGCCGAUUUCUUUUUCUAAAAUACCCGCAGAAACAUGAAGGUCAACUUACUAGGAUGAGACAACAAAUGGUCAGUAACAUGGUAUUAUAUCAGUAUGCAUUAAGUAAAGGGCUUCAAUCAUAUAUUCAAGCCGAUCGCUUUGCUCCAUCCAGAUGGGCAGCUCCUGGGGUUCUGCCUGUCUUUGAUGAGGAUACCAAGGAUGGGGAGUCAUCUUUGUUUGACCAGGAGCGAUCCAUUUCUAAAACUGAGAAAAUGGAUUGUCAGACAGAUGGAUAUGAGGAUGAGAUGGAAGAUGGCGAGCUUGAGAGUGAUUCAAGUUCUUACAGAGUUCUGUCCAGUAAGACACUUGCAGAUGUUGUGGAAGCACUGAUUGGGGUAUAUUACGUAGAAGGUGGUAAAAAUGCUGCUAAUCACCUUAUGAAAUGGAUUGGGAUUCAAAUAGAGUUUGAUCCUGAUACGAUGGAGUGUACAAGAAAGCCAUUUAAUGUUCCAGACAGCAUACUUAGGAGUGUUGAUUUUGAUGCUUUAGAGGGUGCUUUAAAUAUGAAGUUUAAAGACAGGGGGCUGUUAGUAGAAUCCAUCACACAUGCCUCCCGACCAUCUUCAGGAGUAUCCUGUUAUCAGCGGUUGGAGUUUGUUGGUGAUGCGGUCUUGGAUCAUCUUAUCACCAGGCACUUGUUUUUCACUUACACAAAUCUGCCACCAGGACGGCUCACUGACCUUCGGGCUGCUGCUGUAAACAAUGAAAAUUUUGCACGUGUUGCAGUUAAACACAACCUUCAUGUGCAUCUCCGACAUGGAUCCAGUGCCCUAGAAAAACAGAUUAAAGAAUUUGUGAAGGAGGUUCAAGAUGAAUUGUCAAAGCCAGGUUUUAACUCCUUUGGUCUGGGAGACUGCAAAGCUCCCAAGGUCCUUGGUGACAUUGUUGAAUCUAUUGCAGGUGCCAUUUUUCUUGACAGUGGAAGGGAUACUACUGUUGUUUGGAAGGUUUUUCAGCCUCUUCUGCAUCCUAUGGUUACCCCAGAGACUCUACCAAUGCACCCUGUGCGAGAGCUGCAAGAGCGAUGCCAGCAGCAAGCUGAAGGCUUAGAGUAUAAAGCAAGUCGUAUUGGCAAUUUAGCGACUGUUGAAGUAUUCAUUGAUGGGGUGCAAGUUGGUGCUGCUCAAAAUCCACAGAAAAAGAUGGCACAGAAAUUAGCUGCCAGAAAUGCCCUUGCUGCUUUGAAAGAGAAGGAGGCGGGAAAAACUCAGGAGAAGAAUGACGAAAACGGGAAAAAGAAUGGAAACCAGACAUUCACUAGGCAAACAUUAAAUGAUAUCUGUUUACGAAGAAAUUGGCCUAUGCCAUUCUAUAGGUGUGUAAAUGAGGGUGGUCCAGCACAUGCAAAGAGGUUUACAUUUGCGGUGCGAGUCAAUACUACUGACAGAGGAUGGACGGAUGAAUGUGUUGGAGAGCCAAUGCCAAGUGUCAAAAAGGCCAAAGACUCAGCUGCCGUUCUACUCUUGGAACUACUAAACAAAUUAUACUCGUGA